AUGACGGCUCGAGACGGGGCAAAGCCCUCAAUCACCUCACGUCUGCCGUUCUUUGGCGGACGCAAGGCAAAUUCCUCGCCCAGCAACUCCAACGAAUCCGAAUCGGACGGACCGGCGUCCAACGCGCCGCCCAAAUGGAGUUUUGGCGUGCUCAAUGACAAGAAGACGAUCGAGGUUCCAGGCUCCGUACUGCUUCUUGCGGACCACAAGAACGAGCCGCUGGGUCUCCGCAAUGCGCCGGCCCGCACAUCCCACUCUUCCUUCCCAACAAGCAACUUCCCCGAGCCGCAGCCGCCUGCCGACUCGAGAAAAAAGACGACCGACGGCAAGAUCAUUCUCGAACCGCAGCCCGAAGAUGCGCCCAACGACCCGCUCAACUGGCCAAAAUGGCGUCGCGACGCCGCCCUGCUCUCCAUCGGCCUAUACUGCAUGGUCGGCGGUGGACAGACGUCGGUUCUGGCCGCGGGCUUUACCGAUAUUGCCAAGGACUAUGGCGUUCCGGUACACCAGGUCUCCCUGACGGUAGGCCUCUACAUGAUGGGCAUGGGUAUCGGUUCUGUUUUCGCGUCGCCCACCGCCAUUUUAUAUGGCAAGAGGCCCGUAUACCUCGUGAGCGCCAUCCUUUUUAUCGUCACUUCGGUCUGGUGCGCGCUGUCCCCUAGCUUCCCUUCCCUUGUGGCGGCGAGGAUUCUCCAGGGCGUCGCCGUCAGCCCGGUCGAAUGUUUGCCUUCCGCGACGGUUGCCGAAAUCUUCUUCCUACACGAAAGGGCCUACCGAUUGGGCAUCUACACACUGCUGCUGCUCGGCGGCAAGAACCUGAUCCCACUGGUCAGCGCCGCCAUCAUUCAGUCGCUCUCAUGGCGCUGGGUGUUUUGGAUCGUUACUUUUGUCGUCGCCUUCUGCGGCGUCCUGCUGUUCCUGUUCGUUCCCGAGACCUUUUGGGAGAGGGUGCCGCACCCCAAGCCCAAGACCCCCUCCAGGCCGGGCCUGUUCAAGCGGAUAUCGUCGAGAUACGUUCACCAGGUUCAGCGGACGGAGCAGCGACCUGCUACGGCGCAUGCGGCCCCCGCGACUACGCCAUCUGAUGCCGCAACCCCCGAAAAGCGCAACGACCACCACGUCAUGUUUGCGGAGUCUGCCGAGACGAGCAACAACAGCAACGGCACCGAGGGCUCGCCCGGAGCGAAAGCUGGCGACAAGCAGCUCGAGAACGGCAACAAGUCCGAGACGUCGGAGGCCAUCAGCUCAGAGGAAGAGAAGCAGCAGAAGCCGGCCGUGCCGCCCCUCGACACUGCCAACUUGGAUCGCGGGGAAAUCCACCGCGUCGCCGCGCCCGUCUCAGCCAACCCAAGGCUCGAGAGCGACACCAAGGCGUCGCCCAUGGUCGGAGGCAAUGCGUUCUCGCCCAUGGACCCGGAAAAACGACAGCAGCACGACAAGGCGACGGCCAACGUGUACUCGAACCACUGGCGCGAGCGCGAGGCCAAGUCGUUCGUGCAGCAGCUCCGGCCAUGGCACGGCCGGCUCAACAACGACCGGUGGCUCAAGGUGGCGUUCCGGCCUUUCGUCCUCUUCAGCUACCCGGCGGUGCUCUGGUCCUCGGCCAUGUACGCGUGCUCGGUCGGCUGGCUGAUCGUUGUGUCGGAGGCGGUGGCCGUCAUCUACCGCGAAAAGUACUACAACUUUGACGCCCUCGGCGUGGGCCUGGUCUACCUGUCGCCCUUCAUCGGCGGCGUCCUGGGCACGGCCGUGGCGGGCAAGGUCUCGGACGUGUUCGUCAAGGCCAUGUCGCGGCGCAACGGCGGCCUGUACGAGCCCGAGUUCCGCCUCAUCAUGGCCCUCCCGAUCGGCGUCACCACCGUCAUGGGGCUGAUGGGUUUCGGCUGGAGCGCAGAGGAGCGCAACAACUGGAUCGUGCCGACCGUCUUCUUUGGCAUCAUCAGUUUCGGCUGCUGCCUGGGCAGCACGACGUCCAUCACCUUUUGCGUCGACAGCUACCGGCAGUACGCCGGUGAGGCGCUCGUCACGCUCAACUUUGCCAAGAACAUCCUGCACGGCCUCGUCUUCAGUCUGUUUGUGACCGAGUGGCUCGAGCACGACGGCGCCAAGUCCGUCUUCAUCUGGCUGGGCGUCAUACAGCUGUUCGUGGUGGCGUUUGCCGCCCCGCUGUUCGUCUACGGCAAGAGGUGCCGCAUGUGGACGGUCAUCGCAGGGAACGACCUGACCUCCACUACGCGCUGGCAAGAGACGGAGCCGAGCUCCCCGCACAGUCCACGGACGAGCCGACACCUGUUGGAAUCCGUGGACCAACAAUCGAAAGAUGCUCUCUACGACAGAACCUACGAUGACAGUGGCGUCAGCUGUGGCAAAACAGCCGGAAUAUUUGCGAGUUCGCAGAAACUCGUCUUCAAGAUCGGCACGCCGUUUAGUACAAGAACUGAACGCAUCUAA